UGCUUGCAAAUUUAUGAGAACUUGUCAUUGCUGAGCAGUUUUUUGUUGAAAAUAAAAAAAAAUUGAAUAAAAAUUAAAAUAUGCCGACCAGUGAAGUUGCGGUUAACAAGAUAAUUGUGCAUCCUUUGGUGCUUUUGAGUGUCGUUGAUCACUUCAAUCGUAUGGGGAAGAUAGGGAACCAAAAGCGUGUUGUUGGUGUUUUGCUUGGUUGCUGGCGUUCGAAAGGCAUUUUAGAUGUAUCAAAUAGUUUUGCAGUGCCAUUUGAUGAAGACGAAAAAGACAAAUCUGUCUGGUUUUUGGAUCAUGAUUAUUUGGAAAAUAUGUAUGCAAUGUUUAAAAAGGUAAAUGCUAGGGAAAGAGUUGUCGGGUGGUACCACACCGGUCCAAAAUUGCAUCAAAACGAUAUAGCUAUUAAUGAACUGAUCAGACGAUAUUGUCCAAAUUCAGUUUUAGUUAUUAUAGAUGCAAAGCCUAAAGAUCUUGGUCUUCCAACGGAAGCUUAUAUAUCGGUUGAAGAAAUUCACGAUGACGGUACACCGACAUCAAAAACAUUUGAGCAUGUUCCAAGUGAAAUUGGUGCAGAGGAAGCUGAAGAAGUGGGUGUGGAACAUUUGCUUCGAGACAUCAAAGAUACGACUAUUGGAAGUUUAUCACAAAAAAUUACUAAUCAACUGAAUGGACUGAAAGGAUUAAAUGCACAACUAAAAGAAAUUAAAUUCUAUUUGGAAAAAGUUAGUAUGGGAGAAUUGCCAUUAAAUCAUCAAAUUGUUUACCAACUUCAGGAUAUAUUCAAUUUAUUACCAAAUAUAACUUCUGACCAGUUUACAGAGACUAUGUAUAUUAAAACUAAUGAUCAAAUGCUAGUCGUCUAUUUGGCGUCCAUGGUUCGAUCUAUAAUAGCAUUACACAAUUUAAUUAAUAAUAAGAUAACAAAUCGGGAUGCUGAAGAGGGAAAAAAAGACGAUCGGGAAAAAAAAGAAAAGGAAAAGGAGAAAAAGGAGAAAGAUGAAAAGGAUUCAUCGAAAAAAGAAGAUAAGGAAAAAGCUGUAAAAGAAGAAAAAUUGAAAAAGUAAUCUGUUAUAAUAUACUUGUAUUAAUAUUUCUAAAUUAAAAACGUUUAAUUAAAUAUUUUUAUAAAUUUAAAUUUAAUUUGAAUUUUACACCAAUAAAUUACAUAUUUUAUUUA